AGAACACUGGCUGGAGGCGGAGGGAUCCGCUCGUCAGUGCAGCGGUCCUGACGGCGAAUCCGUCCCGGAGGCCUCGGCUGUCGGGGGUCGGUGAAGAAGCUGAUUUCUGCUUUCACAGUUUUCAGGAAGUUUGUUCCAGAUUGGUGGCGCAUAGAAGCUGGAUGCUGCCCCUCCAUUUUUGGUCCAGGGGAUGCAGAGCAGACCAGAACCAGAAGAUCUUUAAUGAUGGAGGACAAAGUGGACGAAGAAAUUUAUUCUACAGUCACCGACAUCCAAGACGAACCUUCUCCUCAAAGUAAAGAAGAAGAAGAUGAUGAACCAGAAGAGCAACAAGCACUCACCAAGUCUCGUCUGUAUUUGGUGGGUUUGGGGAUUUUUAUUGGCCUGAUUGCUGGAACACUCAUUUACAGUGGUUCACCAGAGCUGUGGCUGCAAGGUUGUCGGUGCCUGUCGCGGCGGCAACCCUCAAACUCGUUGGUGGACACUUUCGUGAGUGUAAGGAUGGUCACGGUGCUGGAAAAUAUCAAUCACCUUACAACAAAAAGAAUGCAGCUUAUUUCGGAAACUAAGACGAUGGAGGAAGAGAUCGUCGAACUCAACCAAGAGAUUGACAAAAAGUGUGAACCAUGCCCGAAUAAAUGGAUUCUCUUCAAGAACAAAUGCUACCUCUUUUACGACAGUCCACCACCUUGGAAGACCUGGGAAGAAAGUCAAAGGUUCUGUCAGAACAAACGAACACGUUUGCUUACAAUUGGUAGUCUGGAGGAGCAGGAAUUUGUCAGCAAACACAUAAAGUAUUACAUGAUGAAUACCAUGGGUACUGGAUAGGAUUACAACAUGUUAGCAACUCUGGACCUGGAUUACUGGAAAUGUAGACACUCUUGGGUUCUGGAUGAAGGAGAACUUCACCAUUCCGCAAUCAAAAGCUCUGGUGGUUCCAGGAAAAAAUCCCUCACAGAGCUGGAAGAAAGCAAUGAAUGAGUUUGAGAACAAAUUCAUUUGUGAGCGUGACCCUCGCAAGCCUUAAUGUAACUGACUGUUCUCUUAAAGAUUUGUGCAGGAAUA